AUGUUUAUAUAUCCAUCGUUGUUGUCAAGGCUGUGGCCAUUACCUUCUUCUAGUGAAUUUGGCAAUAAUAAAACUAUCACCAUUCCGCACUAUAAUAUGGACGACUUUUUGAAGAUAGAGAAAAUCGGAGAAGGCACUUAUGGUGUAGUUUACAAAGGGAAAAAUAAAAUCACUGGUGAAUAUGUUGCUAUGAAAAAGAUAAGACUAGAGGCCGAAGAUGAUGGUAUCCCGUCUACCGCUAUAAGAGAAAUCUCAUUACUUAAAGAACUGAAUCAUGCAAAUAUUGUCAAGUUAGAGGAUGUUCUUAUGGAGGAGAACAAACUUUACUUGAUCUUUGAAUUCCUAUCAAUGGAUUUAAAGAAGUAUAUGGACUCCUUAGGUUCGGGAAAGUUUAUGGAACCCAUGACUGUUAAAAGCUAUCUCUACCAGAUAAACAGUGCUAUAUUAUACUGCCACCAGCGUAGAAUACUCCACAGAGAUCUCAAACCACAGAACUUACUUAUUGACAAAACUGGUAUUAUUAAGGUUGCUGACUUUGGGCUAGGUCGUGCUUAUGGUGUGCCUGUUCGGGUUUACACACAUGAAGUUGUCACACUCUGGUAUAGGGCCCCAGAAGUAUUGCUUGGCUCACAGAGGUAUUCAUGCCCAAUUGAUAUGUGGGCACUUGGUUGCAUUUUCUCAGAGAUGUCUUCAAGGAAACCACUCUUCCAGGGUGAUUCGGAAAUUGAUCAGCUGUUCAGGAUUUUCAGGAUGCUACGCACUCCAACUGAAGAUAUUUGGCCUGGAGUAUCUUCUUUACCAGACUACAAGCCAACAUUCCCCAAUUGGACUACCUUAAACCUUCACAACCAUGUACAAAAUCUUGAUGAAGUUGGCAUGGAUCUACUACAAAAGAUGCUAACGUACGACCCGGCGCGCCGCAUCAUCGCAAAGGAUGCGCGGCGUCAUCGAUACUUCCGUGAUGUCCAAUUGCCUCCAGAACUAACCCGCACCAAUGCAUAUAUAAGUGACAUACAAACUAAUGGACACUAG